AACCCAUAAGUUCAAUCCAAGAGUGUCUCUGAAAGUUUUAAGUUUGGCAACAGUGAUGCAGCAAAGAACCCAGGAGUUCAUUCCACGAAUGUCUCUGAAUUUUUCAAGUUUGGCAACUGUGAUGCAGUAAAGAACAGAGAAGAUAAAUCCAUGACUGCUUCUGUAAGUUCUAUAUUUGGCAACAGUGGUUUAAUGAAUAAUCCAGGAGUUAAAUCUUCACCUGCAUCUGGAAUUUUUACUUCUGGCAAUAGUGAUGCAGAACAGAUUACAGGAGUUAAAUUUGGAACUUUGACUUUUGGCAACGGGGAUACAAUAAAGAAUCUAGAAGAUGAAUCUUCGUGUACUUCUGGAAGUUUCACUGUUGGUACUAGUGAUGUAACCAAAAACUCUGAGGUUAAUUCCUCAUUUGCUUCUGGAACUUUUUCUUUCAGCAACAAUGGUCCAAUGAAGAAUAUUGGAGAUAAACCCUUCUUAUUUUCUGGAAGUUUUAAUUUUGACAAUAUUGGUGCAACAAAAAAUUCCGGAGCUAAAUUCUCAAUUGCUUCUGUAGAUAAUGCAUCUGGAAACAGCAAAGUAAUAAAGGAACAAAGUUUAAAAGUAAGAAAAGAUAACUCGUCGUCUGCAUUUGGAAAGUUUACAAGCAGUGUUGGAGCAAAGAAAAAAGAAAAUAUGACAGACAAUAAGUCCACAUCAGGUUUUGGAGCCUUUUCCUUGGGCAGCAACAGUGAAGAGGAACAUGAAGGAAUUAAAAAAGCAGGAUGCGGAAACAGCAUGGAAGACACUGCCAGGCUUUCCACUCCAGGCACAAAGAUGUUUCUAAAUACUCAAGUUGUUGAGGAUGAACCUUUGGAGAGUGAGAGUAGGCAAGCCCCAAUGGAACGAAAGUUACAGAACACCAUUCACACGUUUGCAGAUACGCAAUUACUGACUAGCAAAAGCCCAGACAGAGACAGCCAAAAAUAUGAGGGUGCAGGUCAUCUACAGUCUCAUAGAAUUCCAACACCAGGGGAGCUAGCCAGAAUUAUAUCCUAUUACCCUUCAUUUUCAGCCAAGAUUUCUGAUUUAGAGACACUAAAAGGCUUCAGUUCAGCUUCAGUCAGCUAUAUUGCAUCUAUCCAUCGACAUGUAUUCCACCUUUAUCAAGAUCUAAUCACACUGGAACCUCAGGUAACUUUUUGCCUGGAGCACAUAUCAGAGAAAGGCUGCCAGAAUCCCUCAGUCUGCAAAAGAAUUCAUAUGUGCCCUAAAUACAUUAAUAGCACUUGCAGUGAGAAACACUGUUACUUGGGACAUUUGUGGCACACUGACCAUAAUCUCCUUAUUCUUAAAAAUUAUUUUGUUGCAAAAUUAUCGCCUCUUCAAUUAUCCAAUCUCUUUAAAUCACUAGGAAAUACAAACAAAUUAGCCAAUUCUCUUUUGAUUUGUAGUCAGUAUAACAGAAACUUGUGCACAAAGAUGAACUGUUGUGAGCUUCAUGUUUGUCUAGACUUUGUAAUUGGAAUUGCAAAGUGUAAGAAAGAUUUUUGCUUUCUUAACCAUGAUAUUUUAAAUGCACAAUGUAAAACUAUUCUCAGAUCAAAAGGUAUCUCAACCAAUCAAGCGGCCAGGGAUGUAGUGAAAGCACUUCAUAAAGCUAUUCCAUCUUUGACUGAAAAAAUAAAAUGCCCCUCUCGUGAUCAAUUGCUUGCAAAACAGCCACAGAGCGUAUGGUCACACCACCUUCAAGGUAAUGUCCAAAUCCCUGAAAUCUGUUAUUACUCCGUGGAGAAACAGUGCAGAAAUAGAGACGGAAAGUGUCCUCGUCUCCAUGCAGAACAUCAUUUUCAUUGGCAAGUUAAAAAAGAGGAUUCAUGGUUUAAUUUUAGACAUAAACAUUCGCUAGCUUUAGAAAGGUCUUUCUGUGAUGUGACACAAGAUGGGGUUGAUCUCAAAGAGGUAGAUCUACCAGUCCCUGAUGAUAAGUCAGUGGAUGGACUGGUUGCAUAUGUGAGCCUGGACACUUGGCAUGCAGAUUUCGUUACAAUGACCCUAAGAAAUUCUUCUGUAACAAAGAAACUUUUGAUCAGAAGAUUGUGCACAGAGAACAUCCCCGGAAAAGUUAUAGAAGCUUCAACUUUUUGCUGGUAUUUCAUUGAUCCAAAUAAAGUGUGGGUGAGGUAUGGGGAUCAUGACACUAAAUCACAUACGGUAAGUGCCAUCUCUAGUGAUGACAUUGAGAAACAUUAUGUUGAAAAUCCAACAAAUCCUGUAGUAUUUGAUGCAUCAAAAUUCAGAUAUGUAUUAGACUUCAAAACCAUGAAGCAAACUAAUCAGAGCACCAAAGUAAGUAGAGAAGUACGCAGACGUCCUGUACCUCAUUUGGAAGGGAAGGAAGAAUUUCCUGCAUUUUGGAAUAUUAUGCCACAUGGGAAGAGGCUUCUACGCGUGGCACUGCCUAACUCAUCAACAGAAUACCAGAAAGUAAUUACAUUACUGCAAGGCAAAUUUUCAAAGUCACAGAUUAAGAAAAUAGAAAGAAUUCAACAUCCAUACCUGUGGCGAGCUUUUCAGAACAAAGUCAAGGAAAUGACUGCCAUCUAUGGAAAUGCCUCCAGAAUUAACGUGUGCCAACUGUUCCAUGGAACAAAACCUGAUGUUGUCGAAAACAUUUGUCUUGAAAAUUUCGACUGGAGACUUCAUGGUAGUAAUGUUGGUGAAGUAUAUGGUCAAGGAACAUAUUUUUCAACUGAUGCUAAAUAUUCUUAUGGUUAUUGCAAGGCUGAUAGUGCUGGUGUAAAGUUUCUGUUCAUUGCAAAAGUGCUUGUUGGUUCAGUUAUCACUGGUGAUUCUUCCAUGACUCGUCCACCAAAAAAUUUUGAUUCAACUGCAGAUACUGACACAAACUUCAAAAUACUUGUCAAGUAUGAUAAACAGGAGUACUACCCCGAGUAUGUGAUAUCUUUGACUUGAAUCAUUGAUUUUUAAUUAUUAAGACUUUAACAAUUUUUUGUAUAAACUAUUUCAUUAUAUAAGUAUAAGUAUCUACCCUUAUUUGUAUCUACCCACUGAUGAAUACAUUUUGUACUGCAGUAUACAGUGUCUUUAUGCAAAAGUUGAUAUUAACACAAUUUUUUCUCAUUUCUAAUAUAAUCUGAGAUAUAAUUUGUUAGUUUGCAUAAAAAAUUGUAUAUGAGGUUCAGAUCAACGGUUACUCAGGCCUUGUUGAAUUCCCUGGAAAAUCAUUUGCUUACUUCCAUCCAUUAGAUUCCAUGAUAACUUUGUUGAUGGGUUUUAUAUAUGCGUACAAUACUACAAAUUCCCCUUCUUAAACAGUGUGUAUAGUAAGUUGGCCAUUUCCCGAAGUGAGGGUGACUUCAAAGAAAAACUAAGGUAACAGUUCUUACCACAGUUGUGCGUAAAUUGCUGAAGUAAGACUUAACCCCUAUGUGGAAAAUUUUCCACAAAUUCAAGUAAUUUAUACAUUUUUACAGAAACUAGUCAACUGUGCACUGACUGUAACUUAAUCAGGCUCCUUCACUAGCCCCUAUCUUGCAAAAUCUUGUGUUGCAUUAAUUCAGAUCCCUUCUGCUACUACACCUUCCUGAAUUUUCUGGUUCUGUGUACCCUCAUCUCAGGAAGAGAUCUGAUUUGACCAGGAAAAAUUAUACCGAAUUCGAGCUAUGUUUCAGACAGAUUAUGAAUAUAAUAUUACCAUAAAAGAAUCUUCUGAUACAAAUUGGUGUGGGACGCAACAGUUCCUCCUUCCAUAAACCAUAUGGCUGUGUCAGUCAGUCCAAGAAAGGCGAACUUUUUACAGAUGUGUCUGACAAUGUGAUGAAGAAUUCACUUCUGUUUUCUGAAGCUAAUUGCCAAGUUUAGCUUUUUAAUCUCAUUACGUUAAGAAUCUUUUAUUUGCCCUUGAUGCCUGAGUGAUUAUAAAUACAAAUAGCGCCUAAGGUCCUAAGCUAUUAACACCCAGUUUCCAUAAUUCGUUUUAAACAUCUGUUGAGAAAACAUCCAAGUUCGUAUUUUGAUGAUAAUCUCCAUAAUAAGCAGUUUGGCUCUCAGAAUUGCUUCAGUGCUGAUUACUUAGAAGCACGAUACGGUUUUUAUAUAUUACACACACACACACACACACACAUAUAUAUAUAUAUAUAUAUAUAUAUAUAUAUAUAUAUAUAUAUAUA